CCCUCUAGCUUCCAGUUCCCUCACGCCUCUUCUGACCUGAUAUGGUUGUGGGGAGACUUCAGUGAAUUACUGUAUGUGAAAUGCUGCGCGCGAGGCGUGGCAUUAGGUCGGCUCUCAAUCAAAAGUAGUCAAACCUGGACGCCAGUGGAGGCCUGGGUGGCACAGGUUAGGAGCUUCCACGGCCCAAAUACCGGGAGCUCAACUCAGGUACCCCUCUUCCAGCUCCCCACCCCCGCUGCCCAUGCUCCCCUUCCUCGCCCCCACUCUUGUCCCCCGCCCGCCGGAACGCCAGCGGAUUCGGCCGCAACGGCUCGGGAACCGCCGGCGUCCGCGUCUGCAGCGCCGCCAGCCGAGCCGGAGCUGCGUGGGGCUCCGGCUCCCGCACUCCCGCCCCCGCCGAGGAACCAGAAAUGAUGCAACCAGAGAGGCGCAUUCUGAGUGCUGACUCUAAAUAUAACGGCAGUUUUUUCACGUAUGACGUGAAACGACACGUGUACAAUGAGGAAACCUUUCACCAGGAGCACAGGAGGAGGACCGGUUCCUCUGGGAACGUGGACAUUGACAUCACCACCGUCAGUCACCACGUCCAGUGCAGCUGCUCAUGGCACAGGUUCCUAAGAUGCAUGCUUACGGUCUUUCCCUUCCUAGACUGGAUGUGUUUGUAUCGAAUCAAGGAUUGGCUUCUUGGAGACUUACUUGCUGGCGUAAAUGUUGGCCUUGUGCAGGUUCCCCAAGUCCUGACGUUAAGUUUGCUGGCAAGGCAACUGAUUCCUCCUUUCAAUGUCUCAUAUGCAGCUUUCUGUUCUACGGUAAUUUAUGUAAUUUUUGGAUCAUGUCAUCAAAUGUCCAUUGGUCCCUUCUUCCUUGUGAGUGCUCUGAUGAUCAAUGUCCUGAAGUUGUACCCAUUCAACAGUGGCCACCUGAUCAUGGGAACUUUCAUCAAAGAUGACUUUUCUAACCCCUUAUUCUAUAUGGCCUAUAACAGAUCCUUGAGUGUGGUGGCAUCCACAACUUUUCUGGCUGGGAUUAUUCAGCUAUCAAUGGGCAUGUUGGGUUUUGGCUUCAUUGCCACUUACCUUCCAGAGGCUGCAAUCAGCGCUUACCUGGCUGCCACAGCACUACACAUCAUAGCAUCCCAGAUGACUUGCGUCUUCGGGAUUAUGAUUAGUUUCCACACUGGUCUUGUCUCCUUCUUCUAUAACAUAGUUAACUACUGCAUGUCUCUCACAAAAGCUAAUUCUACCAGCAUCCUACUAUUUCUAACUGCUGUUGUUAUUCUGAGAAUGAACAAAUGUAUCCGAAUUUCCUUCAAUCAGUACCCCAUUGAGUUUCCCAUGGAAGUUUUUCUGAUUCUUGGCUUUAGUGCACUUGCAAACAAGAUAAGCAUGGCCACAGAAACCAGCAGGACGCUCACUGAUAUGAUUCCUUAUAGCUUCCUGUUGCCUGUAAUGCCAGAUUUGAACAUUCUUCCGGAAAUUAUUUUAGAAGCCUUUUCCUUAGCUUUUGUGAGCUCCUCACUGCUCAUAUUUCUGGGCAAGAAGAUUGCCAAUUUCCAUAACUAUAAUGUCAAUUCCAACCAGGAUUUAAUAACCAUCGGCCUUUGCAAUGUCGUCAGUUCAUUUUUCAGAUGUUGUGUGUUUACCGGCGCUGUUGUCAGGACUAUUAUCCAGAAUAAAUCUGGAGGAAGACAACAGUUUGCAUCUCUGGUAGGAGGGGGCGUGAUGCUGCUCCUGAUGGUGAAGGUGGGACACUUUUUCCUCGAACUGCCAAAUGCUGUGCUGGCUGGUAUUAUUCUGAGCAACGUCAUACCUUACCUUGAAACCAUUUCCCACCUACCCAAUCUAUGGAGGCAGAGCCAGUACGACUGUAUUAUCUGGAUGGUGACAUUCAUGUCUGCAAUUAUCUUGGGACUGGACAUCGGACUCAUUGUCGCAAUAGUUUUUGCCUUCUUCUUGAUCACUGUUCAGUCACACAGAACUAAGAUUCUUAUCCUGGGUCAGAUCCCUAACACCAACAUUUACAGAAGCAUAAAUGACUAUCGGGAGGCCGUAACCAUUCCUGGAGUGAAAAUCUUCCAGUGCUGCAACCCCAUUACUUUUGUAAAUGUUCACCAUCUGAAGGACAAGCUGUUGAAUGAGGUUGAAAUGGUCAGGGUGCCUCUUAAAGAAGAAGAAAUUUUCCUCCUGUUUAACAGAAGUGGAGAUGGCUCCCAGGAAGGAAAGCUGUGUCGGUGUUCCUGCAACUGUGAUGAACUGGAGCCACCUCCCAGGGUUGUUUACACAGAACGAUUUGAAAGUAAACUGGGCCAUGAUACAUCCUCCUUUAACCUGAUCCGCUGCUCACGUUUGGAGAGCGGGAACGCGAGCCACGCUUCCUCCGAGGAACAAAUACCGUACACAGCAGCUUCCACGUUUCAGAAAAAUCAAGGGCAAAACUAUGAGGAUGAGGAGAAACUUUGGUUUUCUUAUAGCCCCUCUAGAAACAACUCAAUGCCACUUCCUGGAGCUUCUGCCAGUCAGGUCAGGAGUAGGUCACUCGUGCCUUGCUCAGAAUCAUCUCUUGUACCCAGCAUCCACACCGUCAUCCUGGAUUUCUCCAUGGUACAUUUUGUGGAUUCACGGGCUUCAGUCGUGUUAAGACAGAUGUGCAAUGCCUUCCAGAAUGCCAACAUUCUGGUGCUUAUUGCAGGGAGUCACUUUUCUGUGGUCAGGACAUUUGAGAAGAAUGACUUCUUUGAUGCUGGUAUCACCAAGGCCCAGCUGUUCCUCAGCCUCCAUGACGCUGUGCUGUUUGCCUUGUCAAGGAAGUUUCCAGAGCCCUCCGAAUUGAGUAUGGACGAAUCUGAGACAGUGAUACAGGAAACCUUCUCAGAAACAGACAAGGAUUUAGAGUCAAGACAUAAAAUGGGCAGCAUGAUCCCCGAAGCCCCCAAAAAUGUAAGUUCCGGCUUCCCCACAAUCCCAGACACGAUAAUAGAGGAGUCAGAGCUGGACAUGGAGACGGAGCACAUGCUGGAAUCAGAACAAGAAACGGAGCUAGACCCAGAGUACGAACUGGAGCCUGAAUCUGAGCUAGAGCCCGAGACGGAGCCGGAGCCGGAGCCGGAGCCCGAGCCCAAACCCAGGCCAAGGUCUCAGACUUUUCCUCGGCAGCAGUACUGGCCUCUGUAUCAGCCUACACCUCCCAGCUCCCCAAGUCGGACUCCGCCUAGGACAUAGUCGGUGCAGAUGAGGCAUCAACAUAAGAGUUCAUAUUCACCUACGGGAGCAGACACUGAGGAGCCCUAG